AUAUAAACUAUCACCGAAGAGAAUUAAAGUUAGUGUUUCAUAAAAUGUGGUUACUUGGUGUUGUUUUUUUACUUUCUGCGAGUUCUGUUUUAUCUGAAACGGAAUGCCCAACAGAUCAAAAAGUAAUAGCUUGUUACUUUUCAAGUUGGGCUAUAUACAGGGAAGAUUUCGCAACAUUUUCGAUUGAUAAUAUUGAACCAGAUCUUUGUACGCAUGUAAUUUAUGCGUUUUCCGGAUUGAGUAUUUACGGAGGAAUUGAAAUGUUAGAUCCAAACAACGAUGCUGGGGGGUACAAAAAAUUCGUUGCUUUAAAAGAAAAAAAUCCUUGUUUAAAAACACUUUUAGCUAUCGGUGGUUGGAAUCAAGGAUCGCGACCUUAUUCGGUGAUGGUGAGUGAUUCUUCGUACAGAAAAGCUUUCAUUGAAAGCGUUCUUAGAUUAUUAGCCGUUUAUGGGUUUGAUGGCAUUGAUAUUGAUUGGGAGUACCCCACGGAGCGUGGAGGAAUUUUGGAUGAUAAAACAAACUUUGGGUUACUUUUGAAAGAGUUAAAAGAACAGUUGAAGAAGUGGGAUUUACUUUUAACUAUUGCUGUACCAAGUUCUGUGCCCGUCGCUGAACAUGCUUACGAUUUAGAAGCUGUAAAAAGUUCUGUGGAUUUCGUGUUCAUAAUGGGUUAUGAUAUAACCCCAAUAAAUUCACCAGUAACCGGAUUAAUAUCACCAAUGAGCGAAAUUAGUAAAAUUGUUGAUUAUUGGACAUUAAAUGUACCGAGUGAAAAAAUUAUUCUUGGUGUCCCAGCUUAUGCAAGAACUUUCGCCUUAGAAAAUAACGAAAACUUCGGUUUAAAUGCUCCAACGAAUGGAACCGGACACGCGGGGCUUUAUACAAAAGAAAAUGGAUUUUUAAGUUAUUACGAAACAAUAAUGGAACUUAAAUUUUCGGAGUAUACAGUUGUUUCGGUUGAAGGCGAAGAAAAUUAUUACGCUUAUUACAACGAUCAAUGGAUUACUUAUGAAACCGAUCAAAAUUACGAGGCUAAAGCAAAAUAUGCGAUUGAAAAGAAACUCGGGGGAAUGAUGGUUUGGUCUAUAGACACCGAUGAUUUCGCUGCUUAUUUUAAUACAACCAACUUCCCAAUUGUUAACACUAUCAAAAAUGUUUUAAAUAAUAAUUAAAAACAACAGGAAUUAUUAAAACAUUUUUAUGCAUUUAUA